AUGUCGGACGACAAGGCGCAUGGCAUGUCCACUGCCAUUGAGGACACGCAUGGCAUUGCAGCUGUUCGUGAGGAUGCAGCCCGCGUUGCUGCUGGCCAUGGAAAGACGAUCAACAUUGAGGGCGCUAAGACCAAGGAAGUCCACAACGCCGACCUGUUCGCUGCUAUCGAAGAAACCAAAAUUGAGAGAUGGAGCAAGGAGUCCAUCCACUUGUACUUCUGUAUUUUUGUCGCAUUCUGUUGCGCCUGCGCCAAUGGUUAUGAUGGAUCUCUGAUGGGAUCAAUCCUUGCUAUGGACCACUACCAGGAGGUUUUCAAGACUGGCAUGGAUGGCCCCAAGGUCUCCGUGGUUAUGUCCCUUUACACAGUUGGAUCGAUCGUCUGCACUCCCAUCAGUGCUACCCUUUCCGACAAACUUGGCCGUCGCAAGUGUAUGUUUGUCGGCGCAUGGGUGAUUAUUCUUGGAUCUAUCAUUAUUUCGACGGGUAUGACCCUGGCACAAUUCGUUGUCGGUCGCUUCGUCCUCGGUGCCGGUAUUCAAAUCAUGGUCGUCUCUGCUCCUGCUUACGCUGUUGAGAUUGCUCCACCUCACUGGCGUGGUCGUGCUGUCGGUUUCUACAACUGUGGUUGGUUCGGUGGUUCUAUUCCCGCCGCUGCCAUCACAUUCGGUUGCGACCGCAUUGACAACCACUAUCAAUGGCGCAUUCCUUUCAUCUUGCAGUGCUUUGCCUGUCUUAUCGUCAUUGUCUCCGUAUGGUUCAUUCCCGAGUCUCCUCGCUGGCUCAUUGCCAACGGCCGGGACGAAGAGGCCCUCGCCUUCUUGGCCAAGUAUCACGGCAACGGUGACCCCAACGCCCGGUUGGUGCGCCUCGAGGUUGAGGAGAUGAAGGAGGGUAUUCGAAUUGAUGGUAUUGACAAGAGGUGGUGGGAUUACCGUCCUUUCCUCACCACUCACAGCGGACGCUGGCGUUUCGCCCAGGUUAUCAUGAUAUCCGUCUUUGGACAGUGGUCUGGUAACGGUCUCGGCUACUUCAACGCCACUAUCUUCAAGGUCAUCGGCUAUGAGACCAGCUCCAUGCAACUGCUGCUGAAUCUUAUCAACUCGAUCGUCUCAGCUGUGGGCGCGUUGACUGCCGUCUGUCUCACCGACAAGAUGCGCCGUCGUCCUGUUCUGAUCUACGGUACUUUCACAUGCGCUAUCGCCCUAGCUAUCAACGCCGGUAUUCUGCAGGAAGUCGCCAAUACUGGUACCAUCAGCAAAAACAAGGGCCAGGCUGCCCUUGCCUUCUACUACCUGUUCAACGUCAUCUUCUCCUUCACCUACACCCCCCUCCAAGGUGUCAUCCCCGCCGAGGCUUUGGAAACGACCACCCGUUCCAAGGGUCUGGCAUUGUCCGGUUUUAUGGUCAGCAGCAUCAGUUUCGUCAGUCAGUUUGCUACUCCCAUUGGACUUGCGAACAUCUCUACCAACUACUUCUGGAUUUUCGUUGGCUGGGACAUCCUCGAGUCCGUUUUCUGGUACUUCUUCUGUGUUGAGUCCCAAGGCCGGACUCUCGAGGAGUUGGAGUGGGUUUACCAGCAGCCCAACCCCGUCAAGGCAUCACAGAACCUGGACAAGGUUGUUGUCCAGCGCGAUGGCACCGUUACUGAAAAGAUUGAGGCCGAUGCUUGA